AAAAGAUGGAGACGCCUCAGGAAGUUGUCUUAAGAAUCUUAGAAGCCUUAGGAGCUGAGGACUUUGAAAAAUUUAAUUGGCACCUGCAGCAGGAAGGAGCUCUCAACGACUUCCCAGCAAUCCCAAAGAGUAAACUGGAGAGAGAAACCCGGCUUAACACCGUGGAUAUGAUGCUCCAGACCUACAGUAUAAAGAUUAUUGAUCUGACCAGAAUAGUUUUAGUGAAGAUGAAUCAAAAUGAUCUGGUGAAGAAGUUACCGUGUCAUGGAGAAGUCAACACCCCAGAACGUGAAGAGAUUCGUGCUGCGUGUCAGCAAAUACUCAAAUCUAAGCUAGACAGGAAGGUCCAGCGUGUGUUUGAGGGAUUGCUAAGCAGGAAACCAAACCGUUCUGGAUCAAUUGAAACCGAAGAAGCAGAGCUCAGCAGGUUUGAAGAGGUCCUGAUUCUCUUCAUCUUUGACGGUCUGGAUGAGUGUCGACCUCCUCUGGACUUCUUCAACACGGAGGUCCUGACUGAUGUUACAAAGUCCACCUCAGCCAAACGGAAGAACGUCAAGUAUGAUGGAGGAUCUGAGACUGAUCGAACCUGGAGUCCAGAGAAUUCUUGUGAACUCACAUUCGACACAAACACUGUGAGCAGGAAACUCAAACUGUCUGACAACAACAGGAAGGUGACACGUGUAAAGAAGGAUCAGCCAUAUCCUGGUUAUCCAGAGAGGACGUAG